AUACGCUUUCGUACAAACAUCACACGUACACUGUUCUCUUCUAUGCAUUGCAACAGAAUUUCAAACUUCUCUCUCUCUCUCUCUCCCCUUGGCUUCUCGCUUUCAUGGCCUCCGUUUCUCUCCCCUCUCUCUGUUUCUCCCAUAUCCAAAAGCCCAAGUCUCUCAGUUUCAGCUUCCUCGCCUCCGAUAGCCUGAGGUUCGGUUCGUCCUCGUUCGGAUUCAAAACGUCGGGCAAGAAUAGCAGAAUUAGGGUUUCUGUCUGUAGAGCUGCCUCGGUUGUCUUCCACGAUCUCGACGCCGAUGAUUUCCGACAUCCUCUUGAUAAACAGAACACGUUGAUCCUGAGGGCGAUUCCAGGGUUGAAUGAACUCGGAAAGGCUCUUCUAGGAACUGUUGCAGAGCAGGUCAUGGUUCUGGAAAACAUAGGGACAUCAGUUCUUGUUUCUGAAAAUCAGCUUUCUGGUCUUCAUGAAUUAAUGGUUGAGGCUGCUCAAAUAUUGAGCAUAGAAGCUCCUGAUCUGUAUGUCCGACAAAGCCCUGUGCCAAAUGCAUAUACUUUAGCGAUAGGCGGUAAAAGGCCCUUUGUUGUUGUUCAUACCAGCCUUGUGGAGCUUCUGACGAAGAAGGAAUUGCAGGCUGUUUUGGCUCAUGAAUUGGGCCAUCUGAAAUGCGACCAUGGUGUAUGGCUCACAUAUGCAAAUAUUCUUACCCUUGGGGCUUAUAGUGUACCUGGUCUUGGUGGACUAAUAGCUCAGAGUUUAGAAGAACAGUUGUUCCGCUGGCUCCGAGCAGCAGAGCUGACUUGUGAUCGUGCAGCCCUGCUUGUUGCUCAAGACCCUAAGGUGGUCAUCUCUGUUCUUAUGAAAUUAGCUGGGGGAUGCCCAUCCAUGGCUGAUCAACUGAAUGUGGAUGCAUUCUUGGAACAAGCCCGCUCGUAUGACAAAGCUUCUUCAAGCCCAGUUGGAUGGUACAUAAGAAAUGCUCAAACAAGGCAACUUUCACAUCCUCUACCUGUUCUACGUGCUCGCGAGAUUGAUGAAUGGUCAAGAAGUCAAUAUUACAGAUCUCUCUUGAAACGUGCCAUGCAGGUCAAUACCGUACAAAAUGUUUAGCAUUGCCCAGAGAUAAGAGUUCAAAAUCCAAAAUAGUGACAUGGUUUGCUUAUUAUACUCUUGACUGACGUAUCUCCUCCUUGCUUGAUUUGCAAAAGCAUUAAGAGGAGAAAAAAGAAAGAGAAAAAGGGCGGACAGCUGUCAUGAGGAUUUAUGGCUGCAAAUUCUUGGCUUAUCAAAUCGCUGCAAAUCUACGAAUGGAAGUACACCGUUGGUUUUGAGAAGGCUUUGCCAUAUACCAUACUACUGUUGUAAAUUCAGAUGUACAUAUUUUUUCCUCCCCCAUCCCCCGGGGGGCGUCUUCCUUACAGUUCCAUAAAUACUAGAAGUUAUAGUCCUGUUUGAAUGGGAGGGAAAUACCAUUAAUGCUCGUGCUGGAUAAGAUCCAAAGAGAGCGGUUAGGUGACACAUCCUUUAAUUAAUUUUCUGAGUAUGCU